AUGGAUGAAAUAUUUAUAGGAAGGCCUUCUAAGAGGGAGAUAGAUAUGUAUCUUCUAAAUAGGGAAUACUCACUACUAAACAACAUCGGACUCCGAAGUGAGAUAUUGAAAAGGGGAAUGGCGAAGAGGCUCGAAGAAAAUAAGACUGAGUUGGGCUUCGGGGCUUUUAAAAGAAGGAAGCCUAGAAAGAAAAAGGAAGCAAAGCUUGUAGAAGAUGGGACGAUUAGGAAAAGAAAAGUGUCUGUUGGAUACCAAAUGAGGAAGGGGAAAGAUCCGUUAGCCAAGAAGGACUCGAAUGGUCAUGCAAAGGGAACAAAAAAAAAAUGUAUGAAGGAAAUUGUUGAAAAGAAUACUCUCAAGAAUUCUGGAUACAGAUAUGUUGUUCUUGUGUUUGAUGGAGAAAGCAGAUGUCCAGAGCACAUAAGUAGAAGACGGAAAAGAAAGAUAAAAUUCCAAGACAGGCCUAAUGCAAAGGUGCAUAACAUCAAGGAGUUUCCCUCUAUACUACUUCCAACAGCCAAGCCAAGAAGAUUGCCUGUAGUGAAAAGGAAGGAAAGAGUAUUUGUGAAGAAACUGGCGUCUGUAAAUGAGUCGGAAGAAAUUGAAUGA